AUGGUUAUAUCUGGUGCGAAAAAUGAAGGCGCUUUAUGUUAUUUAUUAGAAAUAGAUAAUGAAGUAGAAAUAUUACCUGACUGUGGCUGGAACGAUGAAUUUAAUUUAGAUGAUUUGAAGCAUUUGAGAUGUGCUUAUCCAUAUGCAUUUGACUACUUUGGUCUUAAUUAUACUGUUUAUGCAACAGUUCCUGUCAUUCGUAUGGGUAGAAUGUGUAUGUAUGAUAUUUAUCAAUCAAAAGUUAACGAAAUAGAAUUUAAUACUCUUGCAUUGGAUAAUGUUGAUUUGGCUUUUGAGAGAAUUAACGUUUUAAAAUAUUCUCAACCAAUGAUUUUAGGAGAUGCUUUAAGUCGACCUUCUUUAAUGAUAACUGAUGCUUAUGAUUCACUUGUAAUCCAUCCACCAAGGAAAUUACAUGAUACUGCAUUAUUCGGUUCCUUUAGAAGGGGUGGAACUUUUAGAAUAAAAACAGAACAAUGCAAGAAGCAGGAAAGAGAUGCAGCACAAGCAGCACUCAUUGCUAAAUCUUUGUCAAUAAUUGAAGAAGAUGAGACAGAUGAUGAAGAGUCAGAAGCAGGAGAUGCAGUCAUGGAAGAAUUAUUGGCAAAACAAUUUGGCCUUUAUGUUCAUGAUGUGAUAAAGUAUGGUGGUUUUUUCAAACAAAUGCAAAGUUAUUUGAUGUAUCCAUAUAUUGAAAAAAGGAAAAUAUAUGAUGGCUAUGGUGAAAUUAUCCCGCUUGAUAUGUUUAAAAGAAUUGAUGGAUUAAUUGGUAAUGAUAGAAUCGGUGUUGAACCAAUUGGUGAUAGAGAUGAUAUGGGUGGUGAUGAUAGAGAGGAGCUUGAUAAAGAUAGUAAUCAUUCUUCUUUGGAUUCCAAUGUUCCAACAAAAUAUGUAUCAUAUAAUGAAGAUGUUACAUUCAAAUGUCAAAUACAAUUUAUAUACUUGGAAGGAACUAAUGACAGAAGAUCAUUGAAAACCAUAGUACCGCAAGUACAACCUAGAAAAUUAGUAAUAAAAUAUUGUGCAAUACCAAUAGAAGAAAACACUAGUAAUAAUAAUCCUAUAUUUGUAGGUGAAGUGAAGUUAUCAGAAUUAAAAUGUUUAUUACAAUCUGAAGGUAUCACAGCCGAAUUUAAAGGUGAAGAUUAG